AUGGCUGGCGAUCGAGCCAUGGCAGACGGCCUCCUCGCCUUGUGGCAUGCCUACCGUCUUCCUAUCCUUGUAGCACUGUCGGCGCUAUUCUUCGCCAUUCGUGCCUACCGGGCGCUUUUACGGUCAAAAACUCCGGCAUCGGCCUCAGUACCUACCUCCCCACGCAGUCAGUCACCCGAGAAGUUGGAAAAACUGGAGAAUAUCCCCGCAGCGAAGGAACAACCCGCCGUCCUAGAGAAAGAAAAUGUUACCCUCCGCACUGAAUCCCCGACUAAGCCCUCAGGCCCCAAACGCGUCCAGGGAAAGAAGCCCGCAAAGACAAUUGGUGGCCGCCGAAGUUCCAGUGAGGAGGUGCAACCCAUCACUCAUAUCCAGCCCAUAAUUUUCUUUGCCUCUCUGACAACCAACACCGAACGAUAUGCGAAUGUUCUGUUGGAGGAUCUGCGCGCCGCUGCUCAGAACCAAGCAAAUAUAGAGAACCCUGGACGUGGUCUCCUGCCCCCGCAGAUUCAUGACAUCUCGUACAUCGAUUUCGACGAUUAUUUUGUCUCCGCCCCGAAACCACCAUCAACCUCUCCCGGAACACGCUACUUGUACUGCAUCCUGGUCCCAACCUACAACAUUGACACGGUACUGAGCACAUUCCUGGGCGACCUGGAGGAAACGCACAAUGACUUCCGAAUUGAUACUGGAUCGCUACACCAAUUGGCUGGAUACUCGGUCUUUGGCUUUGGUGACAAGGAAGAAUGGCCAACCGAGGAGGAGGGCUUCUGCACACAGGCUAAGGAGAUUGAUCGUUGGAUGUCAAAGCUCACCGGCCGCAAGCGGGCGUACCCGUUGGGCAUGGGCGAUGUGAAGAGCGAUGCCGACGCUGCUUUGAAGGAGUGGUCUCAAGGUCUCCAGGAUACCUUGUCGGAUAUUUUGAAGAACGGCGGCUUGGGCGAGGGUGUUGCCGGUAGCGGUGAUGCUGUAGAGAGUGACGAAGAGGACGUGGAUGAUGAGAAUUUGUCUGAUAAAGAAAAGAAGAGCUCCAUGGUGGAUCUCGAGGAUAUCAAGAUGGGUGGUGACUCUGCGCCUCUUCCUAUUGAUUUCACCACUGUGGGCAAAGUUGUGUCUUCGGAAGCCAGUGCCAAGGAAAUGGUUCCCAAGACCUCGCCAACAUAUGCCUCUUUGACGAAACAAGGUUACACGAUUGUGGGUUCGCACUCUGGAGUCAAGAUCUGUCGAUGGACCAAGUCAGCGCUGCGAGGACGAGGAUCCUGCUACAAGUACUCUUUCUAUGGUAUCCGAUCUCAUCUCUGCAUGGAGGCAACACCUUCCCUCUCAUGUUCCAACAAGUGCAUAUUUUGCUGGCGCCAUGGUACGAACCCGGUCGGAACGACAUGGCGUUGGAAGGUUGACUCUCCCGAGCUGAUCUUCCAAGGUGUCAAAGAAGGUCACUACAAGAAGAUCAAGAUGAUGAAGGGUGUCCCGGGUGUCCGAGCUGAGCGAUUCGCCGAGGCCAUGCGUAUCCGCCACUGUGCUUUGAGUCUGGUCGGUGAGCCGAUUUUCUAUCCUCACAUCAACCGGUUCUUGGAAAUGCUCCAUGCGGAGCACAUCUCCAGCUUCAUGGUGUGCAACGCCCAGCAUCCCGACCAGCUCGAGAACCUGCACCGCGUCACUCAACUAUAUGUUUCCAUCGAUGCCAGCAACCGUGAAAGUCUGCGGAAGAUUGACCGCCCAUUGCACCGUGAUUUCUGGGAGCGAUUCCAGCGCUGUCUUGAUAUUCUGCGGGAAAAGCGCCACGUCCAGCGAACUGUGUUCCGAUUGACCUUGGUCAAAGGCUUUAACGUGGAUGACGAGGUGAUUGGAUAUGCGAACUUGGUUGAAAAGGCUUUGCCGUGUCUGAUCGAGGUCAAGGGUGUCACGUACUGUGGAACCAGCACAAGCGCCGGCGCCGGUUUGACCAUGCAGAACGUGCCCUUCUAUGAAGAAAUCACCAGCUUUGUCGUUGCUCUCAACGCGGAAUUAGAGCGUCGGGGUCUCGGUUAUGGUCUUGCCGCGGAGCACGCCCACAGCUGCUGCGUCCUACUCGCUUCCAACCGGUUCCAUGUGAAUGGGAAAUGGCACACUCGAAUUGACUACCCUCGCUUUUUCGAGUUGCUGGAGAAGGAGAAGGCCGAUGGAACCUCUUUUACCCCAGAGGAUUAUAUGCAGGAGACCGAGGAGUGGGCGCUUUGGGGCAAUGGUGGUUUUAACCCAGAGGAUGAGCGAGUCCAUCGCAAGGGCAAGAACAGAGAUAGAGCCAUCGAGGCUGCUCCUGUGGAGGAUGUUUCGACGUCAUGA